CUUGUUGUAACACGAGUUACUAGAAGAAGGGUUGUUGCAGUAAUUGAAGACUUUACACUGCGAGAUAGUGUUGCCUCGAGAGCAUUGAGUAUUUGCUUUCGCAUCUACUUUGGAAAGUUCGUGCGCGCUUUUCGAUCGACUUCUCAGGAAAAGCAUCUAGUACUCUAGUGUGUAGAUGGACGCAAUCAUUUGAUUUUCUUGAUGAAUACCGAAGUGACCGGGUAGUGCACUUCUCGGCGCUACUCCGGUAAGAGUAUUUUAUAUUAAUUGAUGCUGUUCAUCGUAAAGAGCUUUUGAGAUACUGAAUUGCCUAGUAGCAGAUAUAGUAGAAGUGAAAACAAAAAUGGGUCAAAGAUUUUCCCGCUGCCGGUGUCGGCGGCGAUCGGAUGAUUCCGGGAGUGCUGCGUCUACGGCAUGCUCGGAGGAAGGACACGAAGACACCGAGGAAGAGCGAACCUCUCUGCCAAAGACACACGAAGACGCCGACGAGCCAGACCACAGAGACACCGAAGUCGGAAGUUCGGAUGCUAAAAAUUCGAACAUUUUAGGACCGCAAGACGUGAGGACAGCGGCCGCAAUACCCGAAGAAGCAGUCCUGAGUGAAAGGACACUUGCGGAAGCAGAAGCUAGUACUGAUGUGCCGCACGUGCUGAUAUUAGGAGAACAGGCAGCCCACGCGGAAAGUCCAGCUCUUCCGCUAAAUACAGGAGUGGACGAUGAAGAGGACGACGUUGGCACAGCAGAAGCAGAUGAUAAAAGCUCUCCGCAGGAGGUGGAAAAUGAACAAGGCUGUGAACAACAUCAUCAUGUUGCUCCAUCAACAUCCACUUCAGCCUCAUCUCCGAGGGCAGUAUCUUCUACUUCAGUAUCCUCUGGCCCCUCAACUACUGACGGUACUAGGGUAGUUCCAAUGCCUCCGCCAUCUAGCCUGCAGCCGCAGGUGUCCAGAGAGGAUUGCGCUGCAGCUAGAGGUCCACCCGGUGGAUGGAAGAUGCGGGACAAGGUUCGGUUGGUAAACCUUAAGAAACGGGAAGAGCUGAAUCAGAAGCUGGGUCUCCUGAUCCUAUUGCCAGACAGCAGUAGCGGAGCAGAGCAGCAGCGUUUCGGCGUUAUGCUUCUCGAUGACACGGGGCGGCAACUCUCCGUGCUCGCGGACAACCUUCUGUGGGUCUGUCGUGCGGACGACGACGGGGGAGCGCCGACAGCGGCAGGACACGCGGGCGGUCGCCCAAAGCGAGGCUUCUUACUGUCUCGCGGCGAAUCCGAAAGAGGUACAUCAACAGGUUCGUCAAGUGGCGCUGGACGAGGAGCCUCAUUCAACGAGGAAAAGGUUGUGGAGGCGCUCUGUAAGCAAGGCGGAACGCAUUUUCUGAGACGAGAAUUUCGGCAAGCGUGCGACGUGUUUCAACAGGCUCUAGACCUCGCCGAAAGCGACUCCAAAUUACAGGGACGCGCAGCGCGGCUUCUCGGGGUGGCGAAGGAUAAAAACCGCUGCCCACAAGAAGACGUCCAAAAGUGCUUUCAGAAAGCCAUGCAGGUUCUUUUUUUUUGAUGAAGAAGGUAUUCACGGUGAAUAGUCUUUUGAUGUGUUGAAAGGUACUAUGCAGGUACAGUGUGGAAAGAAAUGUAAGUCGCAUGGGUGAGCUCUUCACACUAACUAUACAGAUGGAUACCUUGUUCAUGCUAGCAGGACAGUAAUUGAAAUCAUACACCUCCACGUUUAGGAUGUCCAUUAGAAUACUGAAAUUCAGGUAGCGUAUAAACAUAGCGAUUUCGAAUGUGUUUUCGAUACGCUUACGGCAAUGGGCAGUGCUGCUAUGGGUCAAGGGGAUCAGGAUGCUGCAGAGGUGUACUAUAAUCAGGCGGUGGAGCUCUCAAAGCGCGGCUUGCAGGGUCUUGGGUGGCAUCAUCAGGCACAGGCGCUCGCGAACCACGGCAUCGCACUCGCUUCUGCAGCAGAGGACGACGAGGGAGGCGACAAUGUGGCGGCACCAUCUUCAUCUUCUGUGAGGCACGGAAGUAGCGGUGGUGGUGGCCCUGGUGCUUCCGCAGGGUCUAGUGCAAGUGCGACUGGUCGCUAUGCAGCAGCACGACUGAAAUUUGAGGAGGCGGCCAGAGUCUGGGAACGUCAAGGAUUUGUUCGAGAGGGUGCCCGGUUCGGGGAAGCAGAUUCUGCGGAAAUUGCUCGCGUGACGCGGGAUCCGGCUCUCUGCAGUAGUUUCGCGACUCUGUUAACGAACUAUGCGAAUGUGGUGGAGAAGGGCGAAGGCGGUGAGAAUUCGUCGAAGUCCAGUAGACGUUUGUAUGAGACGGCGUUGACCUUCGCUCGCAUUGCUGGCAAUCAGCGACUGGAGCAUGUGAUCAGCAUCAAUUUAGCGAAUUUGUGGCCAGAAACUGAAGAUAAACGUCAGGAACGUCAAGAACGUCAAUCUUCUGCUAGUGAUGAAUUGCAGGCUGCUGAGAAACGAUCCGAGAGAGGACAUGCGGAAAGCGCUGGGAGUCGUUCAACGACUGCAUCCACUCGAUCAUCGGAUGUUAUGGCUACUAUGAAAGGUCUAGGUCUUUAAUUUCUAAACAUCAGGAAAUUUUGAGACAGGGGCAACGCAAGAGCGACUAAGAACGCUGACUCACUCUCUAUUAUAAGUAGACCAAUGGUACCAGACUAAGCACACACUAAAAACUGCGAGGAAGAGCAUGCAAGCGGGGGAAGCACUACAACAGAUAGUAGGCAAGAACGAGGCCCCCUAAGCGACGCAACGCUGAGAGCCGUCGUUCUCGGAGAUCAUGCGGAUAGGCGAAUAGAAUCCGUCGAAAAAAAUGAAGAAUGCGCGAUAUGUCUAGAGCCACUCGUGUCUGGGGUGUCUCGUGAAGAAGCGAAAGCAGAAGAAGCUGGGAGCACUACUAGUGACACGGCAAUAUCAUCCGAGGAAACUACAAACAGGACUGAGGACACGAACAGGACUGAUGAAACGACUAAGGAGGAAAGCAAGACACUGCCGCGUGCACUCUUGCAUCUAGAUUGUGGACACCGAUUUCAUCGAGAUUGCAUUCAGAGGUUAAUGACGUCAGGUCGUGAUGCGCCGUUUUCAUGUCCUCUAUGCCGCAACCGAUGCGGGUUCAUGUGUUGAUACUAUACAGUUUGACUUCUUUCAUCAGCUAUGUAGCUACAUACCCUGUGGUCAGUCAUCUAUAAUGAUCAAUGUUAUCUUGCUCGAUUAGUAGGUCGCUUCGACAACAACCAGCACUACAGCCCUUACUCUACCUCCUCGUAUUCUUACAGUCGAAACCUGUGGCUCAACUGAUGAUUAGCGCACUACGGAAAAGUGCAUCAGAUGACCUCGUCUCACAUGCGUCUGUGAAAAAACCUUUGUGUGCUUCUCAUUCCUGUUAUGAAUGGUAUAGAUGAAACUUGUAAGAAAGAAUGGAGAACAUCUUGUGACCGUGACGGCGAAACACUAUAUUCUAUCCUACACUAUCUGAAAAGAUGGCAUUCCUCUCUCUUGCCUCUACCUUGCUCCUAGCGCAAGAAAGGUAUGGAGGGUUCUUUCUCGCGAUUUUGUUCUUUUCAACACUCAGACUGAUAAGAUACUCGUGGAACAUACAAGUGAUUACUUGCGUUUUUUCGAAGUGGCACGCACCUAGGUUUUAG